AUGGUCAAUGCACAAGAGCGACCGAUGAAGCAGCAAAACGUAAUGAAACGGAAAUGGCGCCGACGUGUUGCACGUAAUCAAAACACGAACAACGGCAGUAAAGGCAACAUUAAAGAAGUUUACGCUACUUCUCCGAAGAAGGCCACGUCCUUUGCCUCGGGCCCGUUUUCGCAAAUUGGACUAGUGCCGUUUUCGUCGUUUAAACUAAUCGGACAUAGUGAAUUUUUGUAAACGAACUUGCGUUCAUCAUUGGAAAUAUUAACUUGGAGUCGAUACUCGAGUCUCGGCGUUUAAUUUGUUUGAACGUUACCGCCAAAGACGUCAAUCCUUGCGUCGGGCCCGUUACACUCGCGUGAGACAGAACGGAGGAAAUCGUUUAAUUGCCAAAAUAUAAUAGAUAUUAUAAAUUGUCGUUGACAAACUACCCGGGCGCGAUGUCCGUGCACGCGGCCGGAUAUAGUUAACCACGCGGAGCGGCUGGGGAUAACGGGUUGCGGGAGAUAUGUUCCUGAUCGAAUGUAACGCCGCCCGAAUCGCCGCCAAGAGGAGAUGAGGCCACCGCGGUCGAACGCGAGCAACUUUGCGACACUCUAGUUUCAUGAAUAUUUGCACUCGUUUUUUCGUAAUGAAUUAUAUUAUUGCAUAUUUUCCGAUCUUGUGUUUUUUUUUGUAAUAUCAACUAAACAAUAUCUAUACCUACUUCGACUUCGUAUUCCUACGUUGGGCACCGGUACAAUGUACCCAAGAUACCAUUGUAUGAUCAAAAGUGUGCCACAAAAUAAUGUUCCUAGAAAAAGUUGUGGAAACAUUACUUGCACCUCACUGUGAACAAAAAGCAAGGAUAUCUUAAUUUUUUUUUUUAAUCUGUUAUCAGAUACUGAUACAAUAUACCCUAGGGCCCAGAUACCCUUGUGUGAUCAAAAGUAUGCCAAAAGAUCAUGUUUCCUAAAAAAAUUGUGGAAACUUUAAUUGCACCUAAACAUGAACAAGACACGUGGAAUUGCAAGAAAUAUCUUCUUGCCAUGGUUUAUGUUCAAAGAGAAAAUAAACAGUAAGUUUAAAUUUGUAUAAAAUUGUAUUUAUAAUAUUGAUAGACACAUGAAUUAUUUAACAUUAGCCAAAUGUGAACAUUUACUAUUUGACAAAAUGGAUACUAUUUGCAUUAGCCAAGGCCUUCUGGAUAAUGUUGAACACCUAUGACUCAAUUUAUAAUCACAAAAUAAUUACGAGCAAAUAAACAACAACCAAAGAAGUAUUUUGUAUUUUUAAAUUACCUAAUAUCCAUAUUAUAUUUUUUUAAGUUAAUUGAUUUAUUUAUUUAUUUUAAAACCCGAUAACAUAUGAAAUGCCUUUAAAAAAUUUGUUUUUUAUUAACUCAAAAUAUUAAUGAUUUUUAUUUUGUUUUAUUAAAAUGUACAUUUUUAUUUACAACGGGUCUUUUUUCCUAGUAUGGUUGUUGGUCAGGGGCUUUUUAUUCCACAAUUCCAGUGGUUACUCCCCAUUUGUAUGUUUUCUUUUGUCCUUCUUACUUCCAUAUUCUGUUAAUAGUUUACCAUUUAAACAUAAGUAAUACCCUGAAGAAAGGGAUUCUAUUGGAUAUCUCCACAGUGUAUCUAUGUCAUAAAUGUUUACAUUGGUAAAGUUAUACAAUAAACAUAAUGUUAUUACUAAAAUUAGAAAUACAAAAUUAGGUUAAAUAUACCUGAAUUCAGUUUCGUUAUGACAAACAGCAUUCUGAUAAUCGUUUUGAUAUACACCAUAACGAUAAAUUUCUAUAACAAAUAUUAUAAUGUUAGUAGGUAUAUAAUUAGGUUAAGUAAAGUAGUAGUUCAUAAACAAUUGUGGUAAUUAUGUGUACAUUAGUGAAAUUUGUUAAUUUUAGAUUGUGCUUAUAACUAUGAAAUAAUUAUUAAAUCGUUUUGUUAUACUACAAUGGCAAGGUCACAUAAUAAGCACAUUUUUAUUAUUUGAAUAGGGGCAUACCCAGAUGUGGAUAAAUCCAAUUCAGUGGUUGGAGAUCCAACAGUUCAACAACAUCUAAAUUCUCAGUGUGAAUUAAUGGAUAUAUUUAUUAAUAAGGUAAUGAACAAUUUUGAAAUUGAUCCAGUUUACGGUUUAAGUUCCCGAUAG